AUGCGAAUUUUCAUAGGUAACAUAUUUUGAUACAUGUUUCUCUUCUUUCAAAAAUCAAGAAAUUUCCAGUUCUCUGUAUUUUACCUCUGCUGGGUUACUGUACCUUGCCAGAUAUUGGUGCAUCAGGAUAUGAUUGCGGUGCAAAUUUGAUGAAGAAAAGUAAAAAGGUGCCAACAAAUGUGAAUUCUGUAAGACCAGCUGAUAUCAAAGUUGUGAUGGCGUUAGGAGAUUCUCUAACGGUAAAAACUGAUUGAAAAAUUGCAAAAAAAUAGACGAAAAAACUUAAGGCCGCAAAUGGAGCAGGGGCUGAAGAUCCAUUGGCCGUAGUUUUGCAAUAUAGAGGACUGGCUUUUCAAGCCGGCGGGGACAAAUCGCUUGAAGAACAUGUUACAAUUCCGAGUAAGUUUCAAAACGGCAUUCAAGAAGUGAUAUAUAGUUUUGAAAGAAAAAAAACUGUAUGAAAAAUAUUGAAUUGAAUUUCUGAACUCCCCCGAUUUCAGCACUUUUUGAAUUUCAGCAUUAUGUCUCGGUUUUAUUACCCAAGGUCAAUUAAAUUCUUUCUUUCUUUCACUGUUCAUGAAUUUUUCAGAGGGUUGAGAACAAAAAAAUUUUCCAGAUAUUUUGAAAAAAUACAACUCUGAUCUAUUCGGUUAUUCAACUGGAAUUGGAAGUCCAAAUGUUUGGGAAAUUGCCAAAUUGAACGUGGCAAUGCCGGGUGCACAUGCUGAUGAUAUGCCAGGACAAGCCAGACAACUCGUGUCACUUCUUCAUCAACAUAAUACGGUAACUUAUGUAUCUGAAUAAUGUUUUGGGUGCGGUUCAUCAAAACAACUUGAAUGUUUUGAGGAUUUGUGGAUUUCAGUCAAGUUUUGACGCAAAAAAGUAAUCAAACAAAAAACAUAUGAUUUCAUGAUUUUUGAAGUCGACUUUUCCGAGAUUAAGGGAGCAUAUUUUGGAUUUUGGAGUCUCAAAACACAACAACUAUUUUAAAAAAUAGUGAAGGGGUUACCAGAAAAUCUUUGAAGGAGUUACAGUUAAAAAAGUCUGAUAUUUCAUAACAAUUUUCAGGUGGUAGACAUGAACAACGAUUGGAAACUUCUCAAUAUUUUUAUUGGCGGCAACGAUUUAUGCAGAUACUGUAGUCGUCCCGAUUAUUCCCCUCAAAAAUGUGGUGAACACAUUGGUGAAGCUAUUCAAAUCAUCUACGACAAUGUGCCUCGUGUAAUUGUAUCCCUGACAGGAAUGUUACAUCUAGAAAUGUUGAGAAGAUCAGAUACUGGUCACUUUUUCUGCACUUCUCUUCACACGUAAGUAUACUAAAAAAUGUGCUAAUUACGCAACAUGUCAAUCAAUCAUAAUACUUUUUUGUUUAGAAAAGAGUGCACAUGUGAGAGUAACAAAAAUUAUACAAACGCUGAAAUUGCACAAGCUGCAUUGGAUUAUAAUAAAUAUGAGAUGGAUUUGCAAACAAGUGGAAGAUUUGAAAAAGAUGAUUUUACUUUGGUUGUUCAACCAUUUUUCAGUCAAACUACAGUCCCUCCGAUGAAAGAUGGAAAACCUGAUCAGACAUUUUUCGCACCCGAUUGUUUUCAUUUUUCUCAAUAUGGUCAUGCAAUGGUUAGCACUCAUUUAUGGAAUAAUAUUUUGGAACCCGUUGGAAUGAAAACAAAAAAUGUUAAUAUUUCAGCUCCUGCGAUUCCUCUAACUUGUCCAGAUGCGGUAAGAUCAAACAUUUUCUUUUUCUUUUUUUAACAAGAAAAAUUGAUUUCUGUGCAGACUUGCCCGUUCAUCAGAACUACAAAGAACAGCGAAGAUUGUUCGAAAUAUAUCACGGCUGUUUCGGAUGUUUGA